GUUUGAUUUGGCGCAAAUUCGUGAUCCUUCUUGAGCUUCGUACACCUGCUGCAGGUCCUUCGGCCAGAGCAUAAAGCGGAUGAUAUUCCGUUUGAUUGCAUAUGCCGCCAACAUAAUCUUAUGUUUAGCAUUCGCGCUAGUGUCGCUACUGAUUGUUAUAAAGUGCAUUUUACGGAUCACCAUGAAGCUGUCGUCUCUCGCGGAGGUGCCACUGCUGGAGGCCGAUUCAAUCGACGACUUUGUGAAGGAAAACAACUUAUCGGAAGGUGACGAAUCGGCCAAGACUGGGAGAAGAACGCGAUCCUUGAAGAAAAAGGUCACCGACGGCAUUAUCGUGGAGAAUGUCACGAUCAAGAAGGAAGCAAAGUCGAACGUUUUCAGCGUUGAGGGAGUUUUAAAGGUGAUCCAGCUGGAUACUUUGGUAAAACCUGUGACGAAAGGAAAGAAGAAAAAGGCUCAGGUGGAGGACGUUAAACCAACGGUUGAGAUUCACAACAUUCGGACCGAGAUCAACGAAUCCGGGGAAGAUCUCAUCAAUGCUGCCAGUUGCAAGUUGUGCAAAGAUAAAUGUCCCAAAAUCUACGCCUUCCUCCUGUGGAUUCAGCAAAGACAGACGGAGCUCGAAGAGCUGGAAAAUAAUCAGGAAAUCACCCUCAAGAAGAUCAAACGCGAACGUAACAACGACAAUGUCCUCAAACCGGUCAACAUUGAACCGGUGGCAACGCUUCCCCCACUCCCAAAACUCAAGAAGGAAGUCACUGCCCCACCGUCUCCGGUCGCCCUCGAAUCCGCCCAAAAGCUUUCUCUCGUCAACCUAAUCCAGGAGUACAACGGCCAAGAUCCGCAACAGUUUCUCGAAUUCUGCGGCCGUCGCAUGCAGGAGGAAAACUACUACAACGCGGAAAUCCUCACCGUCGAACAGGCCGACACCGACCUGUGGCAUGAACUGCGCAAGGGUCGGAUCACGGCGUCCCGGAUUCACGAAGCUUCCCGCUGCUCGAUGCUCCGUGGUUCGCUGUGUGAUAAAAUCAUGGGCAUCAAGUCGGGCUUUUCGUUCGCCAUGAAGCGGGGAACGGACCUUGAGGGGCACGUUUUCGCCGUGCUUCAAAAGCAGUAUCCCUCACUGCGCAAUGCCGGCCUCGUGCUGGAUCCCCAAUUUCCCUGGAUGGGAGCCUCACCGGACGGUCUCGCGGACGAAUUCGUGCUCGAGAUCAAGUGUCCGUACACGCCAAAGACCUUUGAGUGCUACAUCGACGUGAAGAAACUCUCCAAGAAAUAUUUCGCACAAAUUCAGCUGCAAAUGCACAUGACCCACCGAACCAAAGCUCUGUUGGGGGUGGCCGCGCUUGAUUUUGAAAAGUCUCGCCAGGUGACGCAGGUGUGGAUCGAUUACGACAAGGAGUACGUCGACGGGGUGAUGAAGGAAGCGUACGAGUUCUGGCGCAAAGGCGUCUUUCCGGCGCUGCUACGGAAGCGCAAGGCGAAGAAGUGAGGAUCUUAGGAUUUUAGGUAAGUUAGAUUGUAUUUUGUUUUAUUUGACAUGAAGUGUUGUUUUUGACUGAUAAGUACAACGUUAUGACUAAACAUCGAC